AUGGGUAUUCCAAGAAAAUCUGUGUGCAGUAGAUGUGGCACUGCUCUUCUCCACCAAUGGGGAGCCAUUUAUGUGCGCUGUGCAAAAUGUUCCACAAUAUUCUCAGUCACCCCUCAAGAGAAGGUUCAAGAACAUGCCACUGGACAUGCUUCAACUUCUUUGGCAGCACAAUAUGUGCCAAGCAACGCAAAUCCUCUCAGUGCUAUUAAAUAUGGUGGGUCCUCGGGAAAUCCAAACAUCCAGGUUGGUGCUGGUGAUUUGUUUCCUGCUGAGAGGAUGGGCAUUACGGGGAGAAUUCGAGAACAUGCGACUGGACAUUCUUCAACUUCUUUAGCAACACAAUAUAUGCAUGCAAAUCCUCUCAGCGCUAUCAAAUACGGUAGGCCCUCAGGAAAUCCAAACAUCCGGGUUGGUGCUGGUGAUUUGUUUCCUUCCGAGACAAUGGGCAUUCGAGGGAGAAUUUCAGAUCAUGCGACUGGACAUGCUUCAACUUCUUCAGCAGCACAAUGUAUGCCAAGCAACGAAAAUCCUCUCAGUGCUAACGAGUAUGGUGGAUCCUCAGGAAAUCCAAACAUCCAAGUUGGUGCUGGUGAUUUGUUUCCUGCUGAUAGAAUGGACAUUACAGUGAAAAUUCCAGAACAUGCGACUGGACAUGCUUCAACUUCUUUAGCAGCACAAUAUAUGCCAAGCAACGCAAAUCCCCUUAGUGCUACCACAUAUGGGGGAUCCUCAGGAAAUCCAAACAUCCAAGUUGGUUCCAGUGACUUGUUUCCUGCUGAGAGAAUGGGAUUUCCAGGGAAAAAUCCAGAUCAUGCUUCAACUUCUUUAGCAGCACAGUGUAUGCCAAGCAACGGAAAUCCUCUUAGUGGUGCUGAUGAUUUGUUUUCUUCUGAGAGAAUGGGCAUUCCAGGGAAAAUUCCACAACAUGUGACCGGACAUGCUUCAACUUGUUUAGCAGCAGAGAAUGUUCCAAGCCAUGCAAAUUCACUCAGUGCUAUCAAAUAUGGUGUUUCCUCGGGACAUCCAAACAUCAACAUUGGUACUCAUCCUAUAUUUCCUGCUGAAAGAUUAUGCAUUUCAGCAGACAUCCCGGGAACAGAAACAUUGAGAAUGCAAAUAUCUCACGAGGUGACAGGGACAGCAAACAAGUCAUAUCCCAGCUUUAUGAGAAAUUCAGGAUCUGGAGGUGAUGAUCUCUUGGCAAUACAGUCUUCAACUGGAGAUGCUGAUGGUGCAUCCUCCCACCAGUUUGAGAUGUCUGGCAAACCAUCCACUGAGCUUCCUCUUAAUGCUGAUACAUCAUUUAGAUUUUCUGUUCCUCAAGGUUUAGCUGACAUACUCCCUGAUGUUGAUGAAUCUUUAUUUGGAUUAUCUGGUUUAUCUCUUGACAAAUUAAGUGAGUAUCUCGUUGAGCAUGGCACAGAUCAGUCUGGGUCACCCGAUCAGAUUCCUGAACUUUUCAGUUCCCCUGAUUUAAUAAGCGAUGAACAUGCUUCACCUUCUUUGGGAGCAGAUGGUGUUUCAAGUUCUAUCAUACCUGAUGGAUCCUCUGGACAUCAAAGAAUCCAGGAGGAUGGUAAUGCUUCUGUUCCAGCUCAUGGGCUGAGCAUAUCAACAAGCAUGCUGGCGACGGAGAACUCAAAUACAGGAACAUUUCCUCAGGUGAUAGGUACAGCAAACAUGACUGAUGAUGGCUAUCAAAACAACUCAGGAUUGGCAUUAUCUACUGACAUUAAUCAAUCUGGAAGUGCUCCUGAUUCUCCUUUUAAAGAGUUGGAGCUGGCUGAACAACCAUGUGACAAGCAAAUCCUUUAUACCCAUACAGCAUCAUUUGAACUUGAGAAUCAGAUUCCUCAAACUAUUAGAUUCUCCAAUUCAACAAGUGCUGUUGAUGUGGUUAUUUUUCAAAAGGACUAUUAGGUGAUGAUUUCUUUACAAUAUUAUGUUUUCCUUCUGUUUUUGUUCAUUAACAUAGAUCAUGAUGAGUCAAUUUUUUCUUUUUUACAUGAAAAAAGAAGUCAAACUUUGGAAGAGAGAAGCAUCUAGUAUUAUAUGAAUGAGUACUCGGCACAUGCAAUGCGUGUGCUUCAUUUAAAAGGGGAAUGUUACAUGAAGUACUGUGAUACCAUUCUGGAUCCCAGCUGCAAAGGUUAAUUUACUUCAGUUUCAGUAAUGCAUUGUUUCGUAAGCAUAUGGAAAACAGAGACACCUAGUGUUAUAGCCCAAAACCAGCCCAGCAGACCUAAGCCCAAAAAAAAANAAAAAAA